GAGCUCUGUGAGCCCCGCCCGCCCCGCAGCCGCCGGCCCCAAAUGGAUUAUCUGCGGCUGGUGCUCUCCUGCCUCGUCCCGCUGCACGGCUGCCUGGCCGCCGGCGGCCCAGAGCUCCUGCUGUCCGGCCAACUGAGCGAGUAUGGCGUGACCGUGCCCUUCAGUGCCGACUGCCGCGGCCGCUUCCUGUCCCACGUGCUGUCAGGUGGCACAGCAACGACGGCCCCCACCGAAGCUCCCUGUCCCCCGACCCCAACCCGCCGCCGCCGUGGGGCCCGCCAUGCAUCCUCCCAGCACGGUGCUGGCAGCCGUCCGCUCUACUUCAACGUCACGGUGCUGGGCCGUGAGCUGCACCUCCGGCUGCGGCCCAACACUGGCCUGGUGCCACCGCGUGCCGUGGCUGAGUGGCAGGAGGACUUUGGGUUGCGCCUGCGGCAGCCCCUGCAACAUCACUGCCUCUUCACCGGCGAUAUCACCGGCGUGCCAGGUGGAGCCGUGGCCAUCAGCAACUGUGAUGGGCUGGCUGGCCUGAUCCGAACAGACAGUGGUGAGUUCUUCAUUGAGCCGCUAGAGCGCGGGCAGCAGGACACAGAGGCACGGGGCCGUGCCCAUGUGGUGUAUCCCCGCACAGCAGUCCAGCGUGGCCCCCCACAGUCCCCAGGUGUGCACCUGGGUGAGCUCCCCAACUCCCUGGAGCGGCUGGCCGAGCGGCUGGGUGAAGCGGAGCGCCGGCGGCGGCAUGCCAAGAGGGAUGGCUACAACAUCGAGGUGCUGCUGGCUGUUGACGACUCGGUGGUGCGCUUCCACGGGAAGGAGCAUGUGCAGAACUAUGUCCUCACCCUGAUGAACAUCGUGGAUGAAAUUUACCACGAUGAGUCCUUGGGUGUUCACAUCAACAUCGUGCUGGUCAGGAUGAUCAUGGUGGGGUACCGUCAGUCAGUCAGCCUGAUCGAGCGUGGGAACCCGUCCCGGAGCCUGGAGCAGGUGUGCCGCUGGGCUCACGCACAGCAACGCUCCGACCCUGAUCACGCCGAGCACCAUGACCAUGCCGUGUUCCUCACCAGGCAAGAUUUUGGUCCUGCAGGUAUGCAAGGCUAUGCACCAGUGACGGGGAUGUGCCACCCUCUCCGCAGCUGUACCCUCAAUCACGAGGAUGGCUUCUCCUCGGCGUUUGUGGUGGCCCAUGAGACCGGCCACGUGUUGGGCAUGGAGCAUGAUGGCCAGGGCAACCGCUGUGCUGAUGAGACAAGUAUGGGCAGCAUCAUGGCCCCGCUGGUCCAGGCUGCCUUCCACCGCUACCAUUGGUCCCGCUGCAGCAAGCAGGAGCUCAACCGCUACAUACAUUCCUAUGACUGCCUGCUGGAUGAUCCCUUUGAGCACCAGUGGCCCUCGCUCCCUGAGCUGCCGGGCAUUAACUACUCCAUGGAUGAACAGUGCCGCUUUGACUUUGGUGUGGGCUACAAGACCUGCACAGCAUUCCGUACUUUUGACCCCUGCAAGCAGCUGUGGUGCAGCCAUCCAGACAACCCUUACUUCUGCAAGACCAAGAAAGGGCCCCCCUUGGAUGGCACUGAGUGCUCCUUGGGCAAGUGGUGCUUCAAGGGUCACUGCAUCUGGAAGACAUCAGAACAGCCCUACAGCCAGGAUGGCAGCUGGAGUUCGUGGUCCAAGUUUGGCUCCUGCUCCAGGACGUGUGGUGGUGGUGUGCGCUCACGCAGCCGGAGCUGCAGCAACCCGCCCCCAGCUUACGGUGGGCGCAACUGCCCAGGAGCCACCUAUGAGCAUCAGGUGUGUAACAGUGAGGAAUGCCCAGGGCCCUAUGAGGAUUUCCGUGCCCAGCAGUGCUCCAAGCGUGACUCGUACUACACCCACCGUGACAGCAAGCAUGCCUGGCUGCCCUAUGAGCAUCCCGACGACGCUCAGAAGUGCGAGUUGAUCUGCCAGUCCGAGGGGACAGGGGAUGUGGUAUUCAUGAACCAGGUUGUUCACGAUGGAACCAGGUGCAGCUACCGGGAUCCCUACAGCAUCUGCGUCCGGGGCGAGUGUGUGCAUGUUGGCUGCGACAAGGAGGUCGGCUCCCUGAAGCAGGAGGACAAGUGUGGGGUCUGUGGGGGUGACAACUCCCACUGCCGGACGGUGAAGGGCACCUUGGCCAAGACCCCAAAGCAGCUAGGGAGUGUUCUGAAGAUGUUUGAGAUUCCAGCAGGGGCAAGGCACGUGCAGAUAGAGGAGAUGGAGCCAGCAUCCCACAGCAUUGCUGUUAAAAAUCAAGCUACAGGUAACUUCAUCCUUAAUGCCAACGGUCAAGAAACCACCAGCAAGGUGUUCAUUGAGAUGGGCUUGGAAUGGGAAUACACCGUGGAACAAGGCAAGGAGAGCCUGAAAACCAGUGGCCCUCUGCAAGAGGCCAUCAGUGUUCUGCUCGUCCCCAGGGAGGAGGCGGUGAGGAGCAGCCUGAUGUACAGGUAUAUCAUCCAUGAGGACCUGCUGCCGCUCAUUAGCAACAACAAUGUCCUGCUGGAGGAGAUGGACUCCUACGAGUGGGCCCUCAAGAGCUGGUCUCAGUGCUCAAAGGCAUGCGGAGGAGGCAUCCAGUACACCAAGUACGGCUGCCGGCGAAGGAGCGACAACCGCAUGGUGCAUAGGAACCUGUGCGAUAACGGCAAGAAGCCCAAGCCCAUCCGGCGGCGGUGCAACUUGCAGGAGUGCUCCCAGCCUACCUGGGUGGCUGAGGAGUGGAGUGCCUGCAGCAAGUCCUGCGGCAAGCUGGGACUGCAGGUGCGGGCCGUGCAGUGCGUGCAGCGCCUGCGGGAUGGCACCAACCGCACCCUGCAUGCUAAGUACUGCAGUGCCGAGCGGCCCGAGACCCGCCGGCCCUGCGGCCGCCUGCCCUGCCCAGCACAGUGGAGGACGGGUGCCUGGUCGCAGUGCUCAGCCAGCUGCGGGGACGGUGUGCAGCAGCGGCAGGUGGUCUGCAGGGGUGAGGAGAGCGGAGGGCGCUGCCAUGGGGACAAGCCAGAGGCCGUCCGGGGCUGCCACGUGGCUGUCUGUCUGGGGAAGCCCUCUGGCAUCACCGCCAGUGCCAAUGCUAGUGACCACGUCACACCUGGAGGGCAGUGGGAGCCCCGGGAGAGGCCCCAGAACCCUGUGAGCAAGAUCUCCUCCAGGGAGCCCUGCCUGGGGGACAAAUCCAUCUUCUGCCAGAUGGAGGUCCUGGCACGCUACUGCUCCAUCCCUGGCUACAACAAGCUCUGCUGCGAGUCCUGUGGCAAGAAAGUCUCCGUCACUGCCUCACCCACCGGCACCCCCAUGGGGACCUUUGUGGGGAUCCCCAGUCCUACUGACCCCAGCUCCUCUGUGCAGGGGACACCCGGUGCUGACCCCACCACUGCAACUCUCAGGGAGGUCCCAGCCCCGAGUGAGUCAUCUGUGGGGACAGAAGGUGAGGGGGGGGGGCAGGCAGCCAGGUAACCCCGCAUGACCCCUCAGCUGGAGCCGUUCUCCUCCAUCCUCCUUCUCCAUCUCUCCUUUUCUCCCACCUCAGCAGUGGUUUUCCUGGGCAGCCAGGUUUGGAAAUGACCUGGCCCCCUCCAAAAUUCCUGGGGAAACUGCUGUUUUCUUGUGAUUUUCAUUUCCCGUCUCCCAGCUGUGGCAUUUUUUUUUUGGCAGUGCCACAAAGGAAAAAAAGGUCAAAUGGAGCAAAAAGCAGCUUGGCUGCUCUAGACAGGGUUCUUACCUCCAUGUGUGGCUCAGAGCCCCGGGCCAUGAGGCAUGGGCCACCAACUUCCAAGGUGCUAAACUGGGGGCUUUAAGGUUGCCUUUUCCUCUCCCUCUAAGCAGUAAGAUAGGAGAGGAUUGGAAGGAGGACCCUGGCUCUUUGGCCAGCCACUGCCUCCUCCAGGUACCGGCACAUUUGUCGUGGUGCUCACAGAGACCCAGCUUUGGGUAGGAGCAUGAGGUUGCUCAGGAAGCUUGGGUCUCCCUUCAAAACCUCUCUUCUGUGACCUCUUUUAGGACGACCAACCAUAGCACGAGCAAUAAGGACAAGGCCAAAGACCAAAACCAGGGUUUCCAAAAUGCCUGUCACCCAGCGGUGACUUUUCAGCCAAUAAUGCCCUUGGCCAGCUUUGUACUAAUACCAACUUCUGGCAUCCCCAGGACCAUGACCCUCUUCUUCCAUAUGCCCAGUGUCUGUGGAGCACCAAGGCGUGUGGAGAUCCGUGGGGAAAACCAGGAAGCCCAAGUGCCAGGAGGGAUGCCACUGUGUCCCCAACAUCAUGCUGAGCUCAGCUCUAAGAAGAGCACCAAAGGGUUAGGGUCACAGCUAUGCUGGAGAGCUGCCCUCUUGCACCUCCACCUUUUGUCCCAUGGUGGGAAAAGGGUUGGGAUUAACGCCAUUAAAAAUAUUGUGCCAAGUACUAGAUACAUGCACAGCACUUUAGAAGAAUAGGGCUCUAUGCAGCUUGCAGGGGAGCUGGACCUCAGCUGAGGACGCUUUGCCCCUCCAUGGGCUGUGGGUGCUGGUAGGGACGAGGCUCUGGGCUGCUGAGGUAGAUCUGAGGAGGGCCAGGCAGAUGUUGUGAGGUGUGCAUGGCUUGGUGCACCUGAGGCAGUGAUGGUGUUGCUUUCCUGGCUGCAUGAGAGGCAGGAUGGGCAUCUCUAGAGCAGUGAGCGUGUUCUUCAGUUCUGGGGAUGCCUCAAAUCCAUUUUUUCCUUGCCUGGGAGUACAGGUGUUGGGCACACCUUCCUUUUGUGUCAGGAGAACAGAGUGGGAGGCUGAGGACAGGAUGGUAGGUGGACAGAAGGCUCUAUUUUUGGUGCUCAGUUUCUAAGAAGGAAGCCCACAAAGAGCAUAUGCAGGGAACUGCUCCUUUGUCCUUCACUAUCUCCAAUUCACUUUCCAAACUCAGCUAUAAUUCAGCAGUGGUUCUGUGCAUGUCCAGCGCUUGCUGAUGAGAUGGCCAGAGUAUUGGGCAUGCCCCAUGAGCAGCACAAUGGCUUUAGGAUGCGCUGCUUUUGGGAUGAGUGAUCUGCAGUGCCAUUAGUGCAUGAGCAGAGCGCUGCAUCCACAACAUACAUGGUGCUGGGAGAUGUUUGAGGUUAGAGCAUUUCAUGUUGGCAUGCAAGCCCCCAUCACCCUUUGCUGGUGCUACCAAAUGGUACCAAAAGAGCCAAAGGGAUGUUAAGGUGCUCCUGCCCCACAUCACUCCUAGUCUUGAGGCAGGAUGACCCGAGUGCUGCAUUAAGUGGAUGCCAUGAGAGAUGGAAUGGAGCCCCGUGUCUGAGCCAGCAACCAGCACACCUCAUAUCCUGCCGCAUCUCAUGCCCCUCACAGGGCCCUCCUCUGGGAGUGCCAGCAUUUAUUUAUUGUGCCAAAGAUAAUGCUUCACUGCAGGUGCUGUUUACAAUCCCAGGAGCCUGCAGAGCAGGGCAGGAGAAUGCACAGAUCUCUCCUGCAGCUUCAGCAGCUGUGUCAGUACAGGAUUGUAAUGUCUGCAGGGUGCAGCAUGCAUGCAUACUCACCCAACCUCCAAAAAGUCGUCAGCUACACUCCUCUGUUUGAUGCUGUCCUGGGCAUUAAUGGCUUUCUUGCGUUAGUUUUUGCGGUGGUUCAUUGCUGUAUGGCAGAGGAGGUUGGUGCCUUAGGGCUGCCUCAGCCUUGCUACCAUGGAGGCGUUGGUGCAGGGCUGCUGUGUGCCAGUGGCAUUCUCCCAGUCAUGCAUAGGCUGCAGCAUGCAGCAUGCCCACUUCACCUCACACCAUGCUGCCUGCCUCCUUGGUCAGUGCUGCAAUGUGUAAAGUUUUGUACAUACCAGAUUCAGAGCUUUUUAACUUUUAAUAUUUAUUAAUUUU